CCUGGUAUUCUAGUACCCAGCUGAGAGAGUAAGAGGCCCCACAGGAGAUAACCGAAGCCCGUAACUACCACUGGUAAGUUGCGACUUACAUAUAUAACUUUCAUAACUAAUCGUCCUGUUCCCUCGGUCCACCUACAUGAGGUGACAUAUGCACAUCCAUGACGUGAAUUUAUAAAAUAUAUUAUUCGAUAUAUGUUAGAAUAUAAUGCUGAGCAAUGACAUCAAUACUCGCACCGUUCUUCGCGCCGUCCAGGAAAGGUGACGCCUGGUUUUUCGCCGGGCUCACCUCAAGCUUCCCUAAUCUCGACGAGUCAGGUGUUGAUGUUAUACACGAGCCCCGGCUCUGUGGAAAUGGGGAGUCCGUCCGGGGCUGCAAGGUCUUCGACGUUCCCCAGACCGACAGCCCGCAGGUAGAGGAAGUGAAGGGGGACGCUAUGAUCUCCCACAACGGCGCUGCUUUACAGGACCAAGUUCUCAUUUUCCAAUACAAAGGCAAAAUCCAUGCUGUCGAUAACAAAUGCCCGCACUCGGCGUUCCCGCUGGCUAUGGGCACCCCAUUUGAUAUCGAAGACUUUGGCAUAGUAUUGAGCUCCGGCAUCCAUUGCCCUAAGCACGGCUGGUCGUUCGACUUGUUCACAGGAAAGUCGGAUCGCAACAACUAUAUGUUGCGGAGAUGGGAAGUCGAAUUGCGCCCAGCGAAGAUAUCUGGCACAGAUACCGAUAGUGACGAUAGUCAGAAAGGCAACAAAGAUGCUCAGGAGGUCUGGGUGAGGCGGAAACAACGGAUAGGUUAGAUUUUAGAUAAUCUAGGGGUUGACGGCUCCGAUGUUGACGGCCACGAGGUCAACUAUUCUGGCAUAGCACCUAAGAAUAGAGGACAGCUGGACCUGGUUAUAUAAUGAAAUAAGCUGGGUAAAAAUACGUAUUUGUGUGCACACAAUCAUCACGAUGCCCAUCCUAUAAUACAAUGAACCUACCUAUCGGGUGCUGGAAGAGGAGGGGGUCGAUGAUAAUUAUGAUGAGGACAGUAAGGCGCUUUGACACUAGCGGCAAAUCUAAAUAAUCCCGUUGAGAUGGUUAUGGUUUAUAUACAUCUAUACCGAGAUUGAUGACCGAUAUGGCAUACUUU